AUGAAGGUGGAUGUUCUGGCUUGCCUGGCUCUGGCCGCUGCCAGCCUCGUCGUCAUGGUGACCGGUGGUCGCAGCACCGGACGCAGGAAGCACAAGAAGGUCUUCCUCGGGGAGAACAGCAAGUUCAAGUUUGGAGGACGUAUUGACCACAAGCUGAAGAGGCAGGACAGCACCAAAACAUUGCUGAUAAAAAGUGAACAGCUGCUGAGGAUUGAGGAACACGACUUCGCUAUGAGACCGGGCUUUGGAGGUGCAGCCAUCCCCGUGGGCAUUGAUGUGCAGGUGGAGAGCAUCGACGGCAUCUCAGAAGUCAACAUGGACUUCACCAUAACUCUGUACCUGCGGCACUACUGGAAAGACGAGCGGCUGGCGUUUCCGUCCCGGAACAACCAGAGCAGGACGUUUGACUCGAGGCUCGUGAAGAAGAUCUGGGUUCCUGACGUCUUCUUCGUCCACUCCAAGCGCUCCUUCAUCCACGACACCACCAUGGAGAACAUCAUGCUGCGGGUUUACCCCGACGGGAACAUCCUCUACAGCGUCAGGGUCACGGUGACGGCUCUCUGCUCCAUGGACUUCAGCAGCUUCCCUCUGGACACACAGAACUGCUCGCUUGAGCUGGAGAGCUAUGCAUAUAAUGAGAACGACCUGAUGCUUUACUGGAAGAAUGGGAACGACUCUCUGAGGACGGAUGAGAUCGUCUUGUCUCAGUUCUUCAUUGAGCAUUUCCACGCCUCCAGUGGCCUGGCUUUCUACAGCAGCACUGGUUGGUACAAUCGUCUGUUCAUUAACUUCAUCCUGCGGAGGCAUAUCUUCUUCUUCAUGCUGCAGACGUACUUUCCCACCAUGCUGAUGGUCGUCCUGUCCUGGGUGUCCUUCUGGAUCGACAGGAGGGCCGUCCCUGCACGAGUUUCUCUGGGUAUAACCACGGUGCUCACAAUGUCCACCAUCAUCACUGGAGUGUCCUCCUCCAUGCCUCAGGUGUCGUACGUGAAGGCGGUGGACAUCUACCUGUGGACCAGCUUCCUGUUUGUCUUCCUGUCUGUGAUCGAAUACGCAGCCGUGAACUACUGCACCACUCUGGAGGAGAUGAGGAAGAUGAAGAGGGGGAAGAUCCCAUCCACCUUCAACGCCAGCCAGGCGAUGGCCUUUGACGGCUGUUUCCAUGACAAUGACAUUGAGCUGACUCCGUUCUCCCGCAUGGCUCCCACCCUGACCUCUGACCCCCGCACCUCGCCCACCCAGAACCCAGACAUCCGGCCCAUGGAGGGGACUCGCCUCCGCCGGCAGCGGUCCUUGCGUGAAAACGUGGACUUGUUUGUGAGCAACAGCUACAUGAUCGACUCGUACUCGCGCCUGGCCUUCCCUCUGUCCUACCUGCUCUUUAACACCAUCUACUGGAGCCUGUACUCCUGAUCCAGCGCUGCAAACUCUCCGUGAACUCUGGUACACUUUCACAGAGUCCAAGUGUUGAGUCAAAGAGCAUGCUGGGGGAUUCCUCCUCUCCACGGGGCUCCACAGGCACUUCACUAAAUUAACUCUUGAUCACAGGAGCCCCUUCAUCUCCGGCUUCAUCACUAAUCAUGUUCUGUACAAGAGAGAUAAAAGCACUCCAGCUCCUCAGAGUAGGAACUUAAUUAAUUGUGCACAAUUCCAACCCGACAUUUGUCUCAUGGGAGUGGGUUGAAUUCCUAUACUUGGCAAGUAAUGAAAUCUAAUUUGUUAUUCUUUAAUAAUCUGUACAUGUAAGUCAUAUUUUGUAAUACUCAAAGCUUCUACUUGCAGAGGUUAUUUCACUUCUUAGCCACGGGGCAAUACUGAAUUAGGAUGACAUUUAUGUGAAAAUGUUCUUUUUUUGGGAAAUGAUCCUUCCCCUUUUGAUGAAUGAUGUGAGUGCAGCCAUCAACUACUGAACAUGUAUUUUCUCAUUAAAUGUAUCUUGUUCAUGAGUAUGCAAAAGUGAA